UACUGAGGAGUGGCUUCUGUCUGAUUCAUAUAGUCUGAUUUUUCAUGAUUGUUCUCUAUUGUAUCAACUGAUUGGUUCUAUAUGGGGUGUAAAAACAGAAGUAUUUGUCAGGAAAGGAUUUAUCUCAAAUUGUUUGAUUGUACAGAAAGGAGGGUUAUAAUAUCUCUAGAUUCAGACAUCAUAUAGAUAAUUUUUUUGUUGCUGAGGACAGUGCGCUUUUCUUUGGGCGCGCAGGUCGUACACCGAUUCUCCAAUCAAAUGCAUGAUUAAUGAGUCAGGAACCAAUCAAAAUAACGAAUCGUCCUUUUGUGGGUGGCAAUUCAACCAUGGAAACGCCCUCUUCACGUUUGUGGUUUAAAGGCCGAUUGAUCCUUUUGCUUGUACCGGGUGGAGUAAAACGAGUCUGAGGUGGUGAAAUAUUGGUCUAAAAACGCCAAAAUCGUCGUGUUAUUUGCGAUAGCUUAUCAACUCUUACCAGUCUCUCACAAAAUGACGACGACAACUAUAUAUUCAGGCAUGGAAGCCGGAGCAAAAAGCAGCUCCAGGGUCCUGCGCCCCCCUGGAGGAGCCUCCAACAUCUCUUUUGGCAAUGAUGAGGAAAAGCCCCCCAAUCGCAAAAACAAGAUGGCCUCCAACAUCUUUGCUGAACCAGAUGACCCACAUGCUCAUCGGAGGAACAACCCACCUGGUGGGAAGCCCACUGGAGUGCUGUGUGGAGAACCCUCGGCUCCACUGAGGAGAUGUGCUGCCCAGUCGUCCUCCAACAACCACGAAGACGCCAAUGCCGGGAAUGGAGACAAUGACAUGGGAAAUGCUGAUAACACUGAGGUCAUUCCCACCCCAGAGCAGAGGGAUGAGGCUCCCCAGCCUCCCGGAGGCGCUUCCCAGCCUGCCGCAGGGAUGACGUCAGGCCGCAGGAACCCCCCAGGGGGCAAGUCCAGCCUCAUCCUGGGUUGAGGUCCGUCCUUCUCUUUCUCAGAACUCGCCGUCCUUUUCUCUUUUUUUAAAAAGAAUCUCCACCUGUUCAUCUGAGUCCAGGAAAUUUGUCCCGUCCUCUUCUCCCUCCCCGAGUCUACAUUGUUUUGAUACUUUUUUUUUUUUGGUACGUUUUUUGUUGUUGACAGAAGCACUUUAUGUACGUGAUCCAAGCCCCUGGCAUCUGUAAUGCUGUAGUCACAGGCCUGCUGGGUAAAGGGCAUGAGGUUUAAGUUGUCCCUCACUCCAUCCGGUGUCUUUGGCAAAAGUUCUGAUGCGCGAUCAAAAAGGUUUUGAAAAACACAAAAAUGGAUACAUAUGAAAUUGUUGCUUUUGCACUGUGUUCAUUGAAUGGCAAACUGCAUGCACGCCUGGUUUGUUCCAAGUCCGACAAAUCCAAAACAUUUUGGGGAAGCCUUUGUUUAAAAAAAUAUAUAUAAUAAAAAAAGGGAGGGGGAGGUAAGUUAUACUGUGAAUGUUUUUAUUUUAAGGUUAUGCUGGACUAAAUUGAGUCAUAUUAAUUGUUGGGGUACAUGAUGUAGUGUUGCAUGAAGUUCGGGACUUAAACAUUUCUAUGGAAACUAAAAUCCACACGGGAUCCAAGCUCUCAAAUCAUACCCUGGCAUUAUUUCUGAAGACUAAAUUCAGUGAAUAUGUCCUGAAAUUGACAUUCUUAUGUCAUGAAAUGGAAAAUAAGAUUUAAUUUUUGUAUCUGUAGUCCUUACAUGUCAAAGUUUUAACUUCAGUGCCAGGUUUGAGUGAUUUUUAUGCUCUUUUUUUAAAGGGGAAACUUUCUCAACAGGUUAAAGUAUGCCUGUUUGUGUGUGGUCUCCAUCUGAUAGAAUGACAAGUGACCUUAUGACAGCUCUGCCUACUUCUCGUUUUGCCUAAUCUUUUCAUUCUCCAUGUUGGACCAACAAUUUGGUACGUUAAGCAAAUUCUCCAGAGUUCUUGUUCAAACUUCUGUCACGGUCUCUCUUACAGGUCUGAUGCCUAUUUUACUGUCUGCCUUGUACAGGAAAACCUGUGGUUCAAUGUAUGUAUUUACCCACACAGUUCAAUUUUGUUCAAACGUAAUUUGAAUGAAAUUGCACACAUUGCUUUAGUGAAUUCAUGUUGAAGUGCUUUUCUGAAGAUGUUGAAUGGUCAGAUGGGCUACAUGACCGUUACUUGUUCAUCCAAAUUCAUGCAGGUUUGUUUAUCACUGUAAAAGUCGCAAUGAAUAUUGGCACAAAUUAAAAGUCAUUUUUGACCAUA